AUGUCUGGUAAGCGACAACGACUCGCCAAAUCCUCAAUGCCCUCUCAAUCUGCUGUUGGCAAGGCAUUCACACGUCGCGACAAUUACAACCAUACCAAGAGUUCCAAGGCAUCAACUAACAGCGACAAUUCAGGUGAAGCGGAACCCCGACGAUCGGUCCGCGCGACCAAAGGUCAACACACGAAAUCAUUCGACGAGCUUGAACCCGCGGCGGUACCAAAGAAGCGACAGACGAAGAAGACUAAGAAGGCCAAGGAGCAGGAACAGGAACAGGAGCAGGAACAAGAACAGCAGCAAGAACAAGAGGAGGAAGAGGAGGAUGAACUGAUCAGAUGUGUAUGUGGUGCCACAGAGCAAGAUGAAGAUUCUGGCGAAGCUUGGAUCGCUUGUGAAACCUGCGGUGCCUGGCAGCAUAAUGUUUGUGUGGGAGUAAGCUCAUACGAUGAUGAGAUUCCCGAGCAUUACUGGUGUGAGCAAUGUCGACCAGACGAUCACAAGGAGCUCCUCGAGGGUAUAGCCAAAGGAGAGAAGCCCUGGGAAGCCCGGCGCAAGGCGCAUGAGGAAGAGUCCAAAAAGAAGAAACGCGGUGGACGUAAAGGUAAGGGCAAACGACACAGCGAGACCAAGGAGGAUGAUAAGUCCAAACCUAAGGCAUCUCCUGCGCCCGACACCGCGAAGGACAAGAAGGACGCGAAGACAGGCAAACGAAAGACACGAGAAGAUUCUCUUGAUACGGAUGGCAAGUCAGCUAAAGUUCGCCGUGUGUCAGAGAAUGGAACUACUCCUGUUACUGUCUCAUACACUCCACCAGAUGAUCUCGCCGCAUCGGUCGCAGACUUGCCUGGCGCUAGAACGGGACCCGCCAAAGCCCUGAGCAAGUCUCUAAGCCAUGUUCUAGCAUCUAUGCACAAGCAUGGUGACCUCCAGCUUGAAGAAGACAGUACAGUCGAGUCUCUAUCAGAGACCUUCGCCCUCCAGAUCGAGCGAAGUGUAUAUGAUGCAUACCCCGUUACCAAGGGACAGAAAGAGUACAGCCAGCAAAUAAAGUCCUUGAGCUUCAAUUUGAAGAACAACCCGGAGUUGGGCCAGGGGCUUGUGUUCAAGACUUUGUCUCCCACAAUGCUGGCCACCAUGACAUCAGAGCAGCUUGCCUCGUCAGAGAUGCAAAAGCAAACCGCUGAAAUGAAGGCCAAGGCUGAGAAGCAAUCGAUUCUUUAUACUUCCGAAACAGGACCGCGCGUGAGAAGAACACACAAGGGCGAGGAAGUCGUUGACGACGAAACGUUUACAAACGACCCUGCUGUACCCCUCCCACCAGGACCUCGGCGCUCAGAUCAGCAAGUUAAGAAGGAGCCUGCAACGGGCGACCAAGCCGACCUGGCCUCACACCCACAGCAAACUGACGACAAGCAACGGUCGCCAAGCCAAGCCGACUUCGACAUCGCUAAGGUCUUUUCGAGUGUUAAAUCCCCAACUGCAUCUCAGAACCGCAGGCCUUCAGCUCUGGCAACUGGUGCCAACGGCCCUGGUGUAGAUCCUGAUGUGGACCGUAUGCUGCAAGAAGAUAAUGAGUCACCCCCUUACUCACCGACAGAGGAGACUCAAGACCCCGACGUUAUCUGGCGUGGCUCUCUUGCCAUGAGUUCGAUUGCUGAUUUCCAAGCAACGGCCAAGUAUAUCGGUGGUGCCAACUUUGCUUCAGUUGGACCCUGGUCAAAGUUGAUCCCUAAGAAGUUGACUGUGGCUGGUCGAAUCACUGAGCAAGCUGCUAUUGAAUAUCUCUGUGGUCUUCGAUACAGCAAAUCCACCGAUAUUAUCGUCGUCUCCCUCACACCUGUAUCCCCAGUGGCCCAUUCUGAGUUCCAUACUCUUCUCAAAUACUUUACGGAUAAGAAACGUUAUGGUGUUAUUGGAGAUAAAGCUCUAGCCAAUGUUCGCGAUACCUAUCUUGUGCCAGUACCACCAGGAGAGGACAACUAUCCCGAGUUUAUGCUUAACCUUGUGGAUAAUAAGAUCCCACGGGUACGCGAAGAGCCUAUGCUACUAGCUGUAUUUGUAUACCACACUGAGCCUGAACAACUCAAGCAACUCAAGGAUGGAGUUGCUGCUCAACAAGAUCCCAGCGGUCCAGGCUCACCAACCCCUGCUCCUCACGCUCAGAGGAGUAACUCCACGGCGUCAGCCGGUCCUGCGUUCUCACCAGCGACCCCCCAGGCACCCCAAGGAGGAUUCCCACAGCAGUCGACUCCGGCCCAGUGGCAGUCUGCAACUCAAACGCCUGUACCUAUUCCGCAGCCGCCAAAGUAUGCCAAACCGGCACCGCCGGCGGCAGCACCGGCAGCGGCAGCACCUCCAAAAAUGUCAGACGCCCACAAACACCAGGCUCAACAGGCUGGCAUGACUGCGGCCCAGGAAAUUCUGGGACAAUGGAUCACUGCACCCACUGUGCAGUUCAUCUUGCCUCAAGCCUAUCAGAUGGCCCGUAAGGAGUGGGAAGUUGUUCGAAAGGUUUUGGAAAGUGAUGCCAAAGCGCGCGAUGAUCUUCAGCAUCUUGGAAUUUUACUAGAGAGGGAAUCGAGUGAGAAGAAUGGAGGAGCUGCUGCAUCAUAA